UGUUUACAAGAUGGUAGAUGAGGAUAUUUGGUUCCGACCUGCAACGAAACGUCUCAUGACUCCCUAACGUUGUCACGCUGGAGCCCUGUUAACGUGUCGUGAACAAACCGAGGCUAUUUUAAACGGAGCGACAGGAACCUGGAUGAUCUGAAUGUCGCUAAAACAGCUGCUCUCAGACUGACGGAAGGAGAUUUUUUUUUUCUUUUUUUUUUUUGUGCACCGUCACUGACAGAGACGGGACUAUCCUCUCAAUCACAGGUCGGUACGCGAAGCUGUCCGAGACGUGACUCUGGAUUUAGCUUCAUUUCGCACCGUGUCCGUUUCGCUAGCUUGUUUGUGAGUUUCACCGGACGCCGGCCAGAGGCGGUGAGAGCGGGGAGGCGCCUGGACCAUCCUUUGGGCCUGCAGGAGGAUACCUGAAUCCAGCCGAAUGAACAGAGCGACUGCAAAGCAUCUAAUUGAGCGCUACUUUCGGCAGUUAACUGAAGGCUGUGGAAAUGGCAACUGCACGAAUGAGUUUUGCGCAUCAUGUUGUGAAUUUCAACCAUUGGAUAAAAAUUCCGCAGCCGCCAAAGCGCUUGAGCUGUUUAAGAUUAAUGCCAAACUCUGUCCUCACCCCUCCAAAAAAGAAUCUAACACCCCCCAUCCAGACUCCAGUGCUGACCAAAACACUCAGCUGGACAGUAAGAUGAGUGAUGUGGACCUUUGUCCUGCCAAGGAGAACUUCUCAGAUGUUCAUUACCUCACAGAGAACACUGUGUGUAUGAUCCUGAGUUUCUGCGAGGAGGAAGGGGACUACUCUGCUCUCAUCCGCAUCAUUGGCAGGGUUUUCUCUAAUGCAGAAGCCCUGAUGAAGAGUUUUAGGAAGGAUGAUCCGAACACUUCUGUAAACCUGGACUCUUUUACACCAGCAGAUGGGGACAAAAAUGAGAAGCAGAGUGAGCAAAGCUUGGAGAAGAUGGGUGCUUCCUCUGCAGCUGCCUUACCAGAUGAGUCUCCUAAUGAAAUAUUCAACCCGUCUGACGUUACUUUGGACAUCGACGCUGUGAGGAGAGUCUAUGACAGACUUCUAACCAUCAAAGAAGUUGAGCCAGCACUUGUGAAUGCACUCGUUUACCUCACCCCAAAUAUGGAACUUGACCUGGAAUACCUUGAUGUGUACGAAACAAACCCAGAUUACCUGAAUAUCUUUAUCAUCGUGAUGGAGAAUAGUAACCUUCACAGUCCAGAGUACCUUGAAGUGGCGUUGCCACAGUUCUGCAAGGCAAUGAGCAAACUGCCGGUGACUGCACUAGCAAGACUGGCAAAGCUCUGGUCAGUGUACGGUCUCCCACACAUCCGCCGUAUGAUGGAGACCUUCCAGCAGCUUAUCACUUUCACAGUCGUCAGCAAUGAAUAUGACGCUGAAAAUCUGGUAAAUGAUGACGAGACUGUGGUGGCUGCAACACAGUGUUUAAAGGUUGUCUUCUAUGCAAGUAUACUCGGUGGUGAUGUGGAUGUCGAGCACAAUGAGGAGGAUGAGGAUGACUCAGAGUCUGAUGAGCUCACCCUGCAUGAGCUGCUAGGUGAGGAGCGCCUCUAUAAGAAGGGUCCUCGGAUCGAUCCUCUGGAGAAAGAACUGGGAGUUCGGCCUAUAGAUGGCAUAAGACCCCUCAUCCCCUUUGAGGAUUUUAUUAACGAGUCACUGAACGACGUAGUGGAGAUGGACAAAGAUUUCACCUUCUUCAAGGUCAAUGCUGAAACUAAGUUUUCUUUUCAGAGCUGCCCCUUCAUCCUCAGUGUCAUCACCAAGAACCAAGGACUUUACUAUGACAACAGGAUAAGGAUGUACAGUGAGCGACGCCUCACCGCCCUCUACAGCAUGGUUCAGGGCCAGCAGCCCAACCCCUAUCUCAAGCUCAAAGUUCGCAGAGAUCACAUCAUUGAUGACGCCCUCGUCAGGCUGGAGAUGAUCUCCAUGGAGAACCCAUCCGACCUGAAGAAGCAGCUGUUUGUUGAGUUUGAGGGGGAGCAAGGUGUAGAUGAAGGAGGGGUUUCAAAGGAGUUCUUUCAGUUGGUCUUGGAGGAAAUUUUCAAUCUCGACAUAGGAAUGUUCACCUUCGACAACGACACAACAUUUUUCUGGUUUAAUUCAUCCUCACUUGAGAAUGAAGCUCAGUACACUCUUAUCGGAAUCGUCCUGGGGCUCGCCAUUUACAACAACUGCAUCCUGGACGUCCAUUUCCCUAUGGUCGUCUACAGGAAACUCAUGGGCAAGAAAGGGACCUACUUGGACCUGUCAGACUCACAUCCAGUUCUCUACCAAAGUCUGAAGGGAUUGCUUGAAUAUUCUGGCAAUGUGGAGGAAGACAUGACGCUCACCUUCCAGAUAUCACACACAGACCUUUUUGGAAACCCAAUACUAUAUGACCUGAAGGAGCAUGGAGACCAGAUCCCUGUUACUAAGGAGAAUAGACAGGAAUUCGUGGAUCUGUAUGCCGAAUACAUACUGAACAAGAGUGUGGAGAGACAAUUCAGAGCCUUCAAAAAAGGUUUCCUAAUGGUCACAAAUGAGUCCCCACUGAAAUAUUUGUUUAGACCAGAGGAAGUAGAGCUGCUUAUCUGUGGAAGCAGGAAACUUGACUUUGAAGCACUUGAAAAGACCACAGAAUAUGAUGGAGGUUAUAGCAAAGAUAGUCAAGUUAUCAAAGAUUUCUGGGAAACGAUUCACUCAUUUGGAGAGGAGCAGAAGAGGUUGUUUCUUCAGUUUACCACCGGCACAGACAGAGCACCAGUUGGCGGGCUCGGCAAAUUAAAAAUGAUCAUCGCUAAGAACGGCUCAGACACAGACAGGCUACCAACCUCUCACACCUGCUUUAACGCACUGCUGCUCCCAGAAUACUCCACCAAAGAAAAACUGAAAGAAAGACUCCUCAAGGCCAUCACUUACGCCAAAGGAUUUGGGAUGCUGUGACAGAUCCACAAGGAAAAGUUUUCUGGCUGCAUUAUAACAGAAAAAAGGGAGUCUCACAAAAAAAAAGAGGGAAAUGCCAUGAAACAAAACGCUGCAGGAACCCUGUGCCUAACCAGCCUCUACCAGUCAAGCUCCAUUGUCAGCCUUUCACUCUGAGGCCUCACUUCCUUUGAGAGUCAGUUUCAUAUACAUUAGGUUUCCCUAAAAUUGCAACAUAGCACUAAUAGAAGUUCUUUUUUCAUGUGUGUUUUGUUUCUGAGCAAACUAUUAACAAAAUAUUUAAUUUGUGAAACUGUGAAAGUGCACUUAUACACAGGAUUUUAGUGAUUAUACUCUAUUUAUUGAUUUAGUUUGACUUGUCUCAUAUUUUUGCAGUUCUUCAUAAUGUAGCAGUAUCAGCCCUCAGGUCAUCUUCCUACAACUGAGUGGACUGGGCAUAAUGGUGCUCCUUGGUUAUGAUUGAGGUGAAGCCUUUUAUAUUACUGCUAAUCCAGAUAGCCUCACGGACAAGCUUAUAUUUGAACUAUUUCCUAUCAGUGUGAGAACAAACUCACCUCUAACCUAAAGGUUAUUUUAAAGAAUUUCUGUGUUGCGCCUCUUGUGUUACAUUUUAAAUGAAUACUGUGUGUUGUGAAACAGUGAACCUGCGCAGAAAGUUUGGUUUCGAUAGCUCGCAGGUUUUCAGAUGUUUUUACUGACUGGUCGGUUAAGAAUUUCACAUCCUGAAAAGGUUUUUCUCUUCUCUUGGUUUGUUUGCUGUAAAGUGUUACUGAUUGCACAACGGUAAGUGCGGUCGCCAAAUGUGCAAUGCCUGUAUGAGGAAAGAGUCACAUGAAUUGUUUUUAUUUGGCCAAAUAUCUCAGGUACAUGAGGAAUGUGCAGAUAAUGUGAAACUCUUAUGUAAAGCAACAAUUUUGCAAGGCCAAUAAAGGUGGGAAAAAACCUAUAACUUAGUAGAAAUUCUUUCAAUGCAAAUUUAAGACAAACAACUCUGAGUUAUAUAGAUAACUCAGAGCUCCUGUAGUAAAUAUUUUUAUAUUAGCAAUGCAUCACAUGACUAUGCUAAAUGUGAAAGGGGUUAUUCUUAGUCACAAACCCAAAGAAAAUUAUCACCGAACUCUGCAGUUGCCCUCAUCUCUACAGAGCUUUCAAAUCAUUGUUAUGAUUUUCUGGCUCACAACUUAAUUGUUUGGAUUAACCCUCACCACUCUCAUGGUGUAGUUUGCAGUGGCAUCAGGCAGCAAAAAAGCUCUGGAAACCCACUGUACACUGCCUGCUCAGCACCAAAGAGCAGAACGAACAAGUUUAGGGACUAGCUGAUGGACAUAGUGGAGCAUUUGGCAGCUAAAACGCCAGACAUUUCCCUCAGGAGUUGGUAGAAAUCAAAGCAGAGCUAAAAGGAAAAGGAUAUUGGGCUUGGUCAGCUGGCCAGAAACACGUCUCCAAGUGAAUACUUAUGUUGCUUCAUAUCUGCUGGAUGUGUACAUAGGCAGCUGUUUGCUGACAAGUUCACCGUAUCAACUUAAAAAAGGGGAUAAUGUGUCAGUGCUGUGUUUACAGCUGGUUUUCCGCUGCUCUCAAAUGCCCCCUAAAAAAAUCAAUGAUUGCGCAAUUCAAGGCCCUGAAAAGCUAUUCCUCAAUCAGCUUCUUACUUUGACAAAUGAGGUCUUACAUAAACACAACAUUUUCUGCCAAAGUUAGAACUUUUUUUUUUUCCUUCCCGUUGCAAGAUAUCUGUACUUGGGCGGGGCUCAGUUGGAAAAAGGGGGAUUUAGCAGCACCUGAAUCUGAUGGCAGUUGGUGGUUUGUUUGGCCGCCAUGCAUUCAAAUCUGGUCAAACCUCACCCACACACUCCGAAUGAAGCAGAUUAACCGAGUUUUUGUGUUUUUAGCUCUUAAUAAAUAAUGAGGGUUUUUUUUUAAACUUUGUUGUUUAUUCAGCUAUGCACAUUUGAUGUUACAUUAAAAUACUUAAGAUUUGAAGCCGAGUGGUCUGGGGCUUUAAAGUCAGUAAAGACGGUUUAAUGAGCCUACCUGGGAAACAAGAUGUCUUAAUGCUCACACUGCUGCAGACAAAAUCUUUUACCUGCAAAAUGACAACAUAAACAGUAUGUCCUUUAUGUUAUAUUAACA